AUGGCAAAUCCGAUACCCCUGAAGUCGCAAGCGAAUUAUCAUCGGCUCUCGAGCUUGAUGAGAAAUGGACCAGACCUCGCCAUUUUCAGGAGAUUUGGAGAGUUGAACUUGAUGAGCCUCUUGAGCUUGCAAGCUGAAAUUUUACAACUAGAGUCUGAUUAUCUUUCUCAACUCUCUCGUAUAGGCUCCCCCGAAAAGCAGGGACUACGCCUCCUCCAAGCUUGGCUGCGAGACUCCAAAGGGGGCAAAAACUUUCUCGACGGCGUCGAAGCCGAGACAUGGACCGACCCGGAAGAAAGCAACUACAUCAGCCUCGGACCGCCGCCUCCCGAGAAGGACAUCUUCAGCUCCUUCCUGCGCGAUGUCCUACUCCGCAUCUUCCACGUCUUCUGCGGCGAACGUUUCAAGAUGGGACGAGUGGUAGACGAAGAAUCAGGCAUCAGGUCGUACGACGAUUCCCGGAUCGACAAGGCCAGCAGCCUGAUUACCGUCAUUUUGGCGUCGGUGCUUCCCGUGCUGGCAAUCUUUGUGCUCAACUCCCUCAGCACGACAAACGCCCGGAUAGGGACCAUUGUGGGAUUCACGGCCGCCUUUGCCACGAUUCUGGCCAUCUUCAGCUCCGCGAAACGGGCCGAGAUAUUCGCCGCCACUGCUACGUGA